CUUCAGGAUGGACACAUUCGUGGGCGGGCUUUAACGUUACCUGAAUAGUCUGCAGAACAGUAUCUUACAAGUAGGGCGGUGAUUUCUAAACUAUAUCAACACAGACCCACUAUAUUAGAAGAAAUGGAGGAAACAAAGCCUGAGGAGACGAAUGUGGAGGAGCAGAAAGAUGAGGAGAAUAAGAUCUGUCCAGAGAAACUGGAGGAAGCCAAACUGAAGGCCAAAUACCCUCAAUUGGGUAAUAAGCCUGGAGGAUCCGAUCUGCUCAGAAAAAGACUGCAGAAGGGGCCAAAGUACUUUGACUCAGGUGACUACAACAUGGCGAAGGCCAAGAUCAAGAACAAGCAGCUUCCAGCGGCACAGACAGAGAAGACCGAGAUCACUGGAGACCACAUCCCCACCCCUCAGGAUCUGCCACAGAGGAAACCCUCUCUGUUGGCCAGCAAACUGGCUGUCUGAUACCUGCUGCUGUCCUUCACUCCACACUCCCAAAACAUGUCUCCAUUAAUCUGUUAUCCUGCCCUCAUCCUCUCUUGUUUCCUGUCCUCUGAAAAUACACUGAAUAGUCAAGGGUUGCUGAUGUUACAGAGCUGUACUGCCGCACUGUGAGAUGGGUUGGGUCGUGGCUCCAAAGGGGGUGAAGUUCUCAGAAGUCUUCUGGUAUUUUAAUGUGUCGUAGUAUGUAGUUGAAAGAGUACAUAUUUGCUAGUGAGUGAGGGCAAACUGCAUUUUAGAAGAAGUUUUGCAUUUUAAUUAUAACCAUUCCUGAAUUACCCACUGCUUAGAGGACAAGGUCACCCAAAAAUGAAGAUUCUGUCAAUUACAUUAUUUCCUCCAGUGAACGCAAAAGGAAAUGUUUAGUGGAAUGUCAAAGUUGCUCUUUUUUUAAACAAAGAAAGUCUAUAAAGGGAAAGGGUUGUAGAGCUCCGGGAAUUACAAAACACUGUACUGGAAGUAGUCCACACAACUUGUUCCAACCAUGGAUGUCACUGAGAUACAGACCUCUGCAUUUUUUCUA